UUAAGUUGGCAGCACUUACCGGCCAAUAAGUCAAUUGCACAAAAUCUUAAACGCAGGACCAGAAAUAUUUUGCAAAGGACGUCAAGGAAUGCUGAGAAGGAUGAACACUUUUAGUGGUCAAAAGCUGGCGGCUGUGGUCAAGGAGCUGGAGAACUUUGCUCCGACUUCUUGGGCAGAGAAGUGGGACAAUGUGGGACUCCUGAUCGAACCGCACCGCGAAAAACAAAUCAAGAAAAUACUAUUAACUAACGAUUUAACCGAGCCCGUAGUGAAAGAAGCGCUAGAGAAGGAGGCGGAGCUCAUAAUCAGCUAUCAUCCGCCAAUUUUCAAGCCCCUGACCAGGAUUACGCAGUCACAUUGGAAGGAGCGCGUGGUGGCAGCAUGCUUGGCCAACGAUAUAGCCUUGUACUCGCCCCACACGGCGUGGGAUAAGAAGAGUGGUGGCGUCAACGACUGGCUAUCUAAGGCAGUGAAUAUCAUCAGCAUCCGCCCUCUGGAACCGGAGUUGGGUGCUCCUCCGGGUACCGGAUCCGGUAGAUAUAUAGAAACCAAAAUGGAGCUUUCCCAGGUGGUGGAGUCUCUGCAAAAGCGCAUUAGAAACAGCGUGCACGUUGCUCUAGCUGUGGGCCACACCCCCAAGACACUCAUCCAAUCCGUCGGCAUUUGUGCCGGCUCUGGAGCAUCUCUGCUGAAGGGUAUCCAAGCGGAUCUUAUCAUUACCGGCGAAAUGUCCCAUCACGAAGUUCUGGAGUUUACUCACAACAAUACCACCGUUCUUCUCUGCAAUCAUAGUAAUUCAGAAAGGGGUUUUCUCCAUGAGUUUUGCCCUAUAUUGGCCAAAUCUUUAAAUGAAGAAUGCCUGGUAUUUGUAUCUGAAGUGGACAAGGAUCCUCUGGUCACCGUGGCUAGCGAUAUAAACAAAGAACUAAGCGCAUUUGUUGACGUCUACAAGAGCACAUCAAAAUAACUUUGAUCUUAUAAGCAUUUUUUGUUUAACAAUGCAUUUUCUGGCGCAUCCAUAAAGGUUACAAAUAAACUAAAGGAUUUAACUUUCUUAACUUCU